CCCAUAAAAUUCGAAAAGGAAAGUGUUUAAACAGUGCGUCACACUACCAUUUACACGUCAGCUCUCUUCGCCGGCGUCUAUUGCAACCGUCAACCUCGCCGCCGGCCAGAGAAAAAAAUGGCGUAUCACCAACCGUACGAUCCUUUCUACGUCUAUCAACCUCAUUAUCAUCCACAUCAUCUUCCGCCGCAGCUGCCACAGUUCGCCGACGAACCUGGGGCGAUAAACACUCUCUUUGUCUCUGGUUUGCCUAACGAUGUUAAAGCUCGUGAGAUCCACAAUCUCUUCCGUCGCCGUUAUGGAUUCGAAUCUUGUCAGCUCAAGUACACUGGACGCGGCGACCAGGUUGUGGCAUUUGCAACAUUCACGAGUCAUAGAUUCGCUAUGGCUGCAAUGAAUGAGCUAAAUGGUGUGAAAUUUGAUCCUCAGACAGGAUCAACUCUACAUAUAGAACUAGCUAGAUCAAACUCUAGAAGAAAAGAAAGGCCAGGAAGUGGGCCUUAUGUUGUGAUUGAUAACAGAAACAAAGAACUGUCUAAGUCUCAGGAUGACCAGAGUGAUGAAGGGGAUAGCGAUCCGGAUGAGGUGCAGGAACCUCGAAAUAGCGAGUCUCCAAAGGAAAAUGAUAAUGCCAAAAGCGAAGCGGAUUCUGAGCCAGAUAGUAAAGCACCAUCUGCUAAUGGGCACUUAGAGAAAGCAUAUGAAGGAGGUUCUGGUGCUCGAGCUUGUUCGACCUUGUUUAUAGCUAAUCUAGGGCCUAAUUGUACAGAAGAUGAACUUAGACAACUCCUAUCUAGAUAUUCUGGUUUCAACAUCUUAAAAAUCCGAGCUAGAGGCGGAAUGCCGGUUGCAUUUGCUGAUUUUGAGGAAAUCGAGCAAGCUACUGAUGCCAUGAAUGAACUUCAAGGGAACCUCUUAUCCUCUUCAGACCGAGGCGGCAUGCAUAUAGAAUAUGCAAGAUCAAAGAUGAGGAAACAGUAAGGAUUAAUGUACCACAUGCCAAUGGUAUUCUCUUCUGAAAACGAAAUAUAUAGAGAUCAUAAGCAAAUGAAAGCUGUAUUUCUUUAUUUUAAAUCUCCACUUACUAUUUGUUGUCAUGAAGAUGGAUCUUCUAUGCUGACACUGACUUAAGAAAUACGUGUUAAUAUUUUUAUUCAAGACUCCAAGAUAUACUAGUAAUAAGAUCUCUAAAAUCUUUAUGUUGA